AUGCUAAAAUACAAAAAACAAUACUUCAUUUAUUUUUGCAAUAUUAAUCGUUAUUAAGAGUUGAGUGAGUGAGUUUGAAGCUUCAAAAGAAGAAGAAUAAGAAACUUUGUAAAGAGGCUUUUUCUUUUCUCUUUACUACUACCCCACUUUACAUAUACACAUUUAUUCAGAUUCUCCGAACACUUAAUUGGCCUGGUAAGCUUUUUUUCUUUCUUUCUUUGUUAUCAUCAUUAUAUCAAAACAAAGAGAUGAAGGGCUUAGGCAUAGAUAUAUUCUGUGCAUCCCAAGCUUCAACUGCUAUAUGUUUAAGCAUGGAUGAAGCUUCUUCUUCCUCCUCCACCAUCCAACUAGGCGGCAAAGCCAUUGACCGCCACAAUCCUAUCAUCAGUGACACCAGAAGAGGUGGUGGUGGUAGAGUUCUCCCUAGUGUCCCUUGCUCUUAUCACCCUCCUAUAAAUCCCAAAUCUUAUCAUCAACUCCAAAAGACCAAGAAAAGCUCUUCUAAUGCCUCAAAGACUAAAUCAACUGCAAAUGAACAAGCCAAGAAGAGCAGCCAUUCCUCUAAACAAAAUGAUCAUCAGAAGAGAAAGAGUACUAGUACUACUACUACUACUACUACUACUAAUUCCCAUGCCAAGCUUGUUGAUUACAUCAAAACCAGCUCUUUUACUCCAUCUUCUUCGUCUAUUCAAGGUGAUGUAGCUAGGAAGAGCAGUGCUAAGGCAGCUGAUUUGGUCACUCCUCCUGGCUCCACUAGAUACCUUUUGAGCGAUGCUGCUUUCCUAGAUGGCUUAACUAACUAUGAUCCUGUUUUGGCAUUGGUCCCACUUGGAAACAAGAAGACUCAGUUAACUACAGUGAAACAAGAAGAAGAAUCCAGUUCUACUACCAAAGACUCUUCCUCUAACCACUCCAAACCAGCUUCUUCUGACCAGGUUGUGGUCCUGAGGGUGUCCUUGCAUUGUAGAGGCUGUGAAGGAAAAGUCAGAAAACAUCUAUCUAGAAUGGAAGGAGUGACAUCUUUCAACAUAGACUUUGCAGCAAAGAAGGUGACAGUAGUGGGAGAUGUGACCCCAGUGAGUGUAUUGGCAAGCAUAUCAAAGGUAAAGAAUGCUCAGUUUUGGACAGCAUCAUCGGUCUCAUCUGUCACACCAGCAAAUCCAAAUCCAAAUCCUACACUCAAGCAACAACACUAGAUGAUCAAAGGCUUUUCAAGGCUCAUCAACUCAUUUUAUCUUUGUUGUAAAUGCAUAAUAUCUCUGUUAAUUAGUAGAAAGUUCAAAGUAGAGUAGGAAAACUCCUAUUGAGUUCUCUCAUUUUCUAGUUAUGCUUUUGAGUUUGGGACUCUGGUUUACUCUGAUUAAAAAGAACAUAUAUAUAAUAAUAAUAUAUUUGA